AUGGAUUCCUUUAAAGGUGGGAUGAAUUUGGAAAGACUGCCCGACAGUUUAAGACCUCCCCAAGCUUCCCACGACGUGGCUUCCAGCUUCCAUUUGCAGAGAUCCUCCGAUGCCAGGGACCCGAUCCAGAACUCGGCCAGCGAAUCCUCCGACACCGAAGGACCAGAGAAGGAGCGAAGCGGCGUUCAGAAAAGCGACGACGGGAACGCGGAUGACCCGGCGAAGAAGAAGAAGCAGAGGCGGCAAAGGACUCACUUUACCAGCCAGCAGCUGCAGGAGCUGGAGGCCACUUUCCAGAGGAACCGCUACCCGGACAUGAGCAUGCGGGAGGAGAUUGCGGUGUGGACCAACCUCACCGAGCCCCGAGUCAGGGUGUGGUUCAAGAACCGGCGCGCCAAGUGGCGGAAGCGGGAGCGCAACCAGCAGAUGGACCUGUGCAAGAACGGCUACGUGUCGCAGUUCAGCGGCCUGAUGCAGCCCUACGAGGACGUCUACGCCGGCUACCCGUCCAACUACUGGCACGCCAAGAGCCUGGCGCCCGCGCCGCUCUCCUCCAAGAGCUUCACCUUCUUCAACUCCAUGAGCCCGCUCUCGUCGGCGCAGUCCAUGUUCUCGGCGCCCAACACGCUGCCCUCCAUGAGCAUGCCGUCGUCCAUGGGCCACUCGGCCGUGCCCGGCGUGCCCAACUCGGGCCUCAACAACCUGAGCGGCUCCUCGCUCAACUCGGCCAUGUCGUCGCCCGCCUGCCCCUACGGCCCGCCGGGCUCCCCCUACAGCGUCUACAGGGACACUUGCAACUCCAGCUUGGCCAGCCUGCGGCUCAAGUCCAAGCAGCACUCGAACUUCGGCUACGGCGGCCUGCAGAGCCCCGGCUCCACCCUAAACGCCUGCCAGUACAACAGCUGA